AUACCUGCUUGAACAAGACUUCCCAGGCAUGCGGAUAGGUCCAGAGCCUACCACGGAUUCUUUUAUUGCUGUGAUGUACGGUGAUUCAGAAGGAAACAUUCCUGGAAAUGCCCUAGUUGUUGAUCCUAAGAAGCCGUUCCGCAAACUCAGCCGCUUUGGAAAUGCUUUCCUUAACAGAUUCAUGUGUUCCCAGUUACCUAACCAGGUACUGAAGAGCAUCAGUAUCAUCGACAGCCCUGGCAUCCUCUCUGGAGAGAAGCAGCGAAUCAGCAGAGGCUACGACUUCUGCCAAGUCCUCCAGUGGUUUGCUGAGAGGGUCGACCGCAUCAUCCUCCUUUUUGAUGCCCACAAGCUGGAUAUAUCCGAUGAGUUUUCAGAGGCUAUUAAGUCGUUCCGGGGCCAGGAUGACAAGAUCCGAGUGGUGCUGAAUAAGGCCGACCAAGUGGACACGCAGCAGCUGAUGAGGGUCUACGGUGCGCUCAUGUGGUCCCUGGGAAAGGUGAUCGACACUCCAGAGGUGCUGCGGGUCUACAUUGGCUCCUUCUGGGCCCAUCCACUCCGAAACACAGAGAAUCGAAGACUCUUUGAGGCCGAAGCACAGGAUCUUUUCAAGGAUAUCCAGAGUCUCCCGCAGAAGGCUGCUGUGCGGAAACUUAAUGAUCUCAUUAAGAGGGCAAGACUUGCAAAG